AUUUUUUAGGAAACGCACAACCACCAGAGAGCAAUUUAAAGGUUUAAUAUCUCGUAUGAAGGAGCGUCCCGAUAUUGCAAAAAAUUUUACCAGAAGGGCUCCUAACGAGGUAGAGCAAUUUUGGGAGAGUGUGCGUGAGGAACUGAAUUCAUUAGGGCCUCCAUCGAAGAGUAUUUCAGAAUGGAAAAAGGUUUGGUCAGAUUUUAAAUCAGCAGUAAAGAAAAAGUUGGGGCACAAUAAAAGGGAAUUUCAAGCAACUGGUGGAGGCGAAAAUAGGGAACUACCUUUAUCGUCGCUAGAAGAUGAUGUUGCUGUUCUAGUGGGCCUAAACGACUGUGUUGGUGGCAUUAAAAAUUCAAAAGAGUUUGGAGUGCCUCAGAGGAGAAUUAUUGAGCAUGCCACUCCACUAAAUUCAGAGCAGGUGGUUGAAGACAUUACUCCAUCUACAUCGAAGAGAGCUCGUGAGGGUACAAAUUCAUAUACUUCGAGAGACGCCAUCUGCAUAGAGUUGUUGGAAAAUGAAGAUGUGGAAAAUAACCAAAACAUUCGAAAUGAACUCCGAAAAAAAAAGCAAAUCGGUGUGCAGGAGAGCUUAUAUUCAAAAGUUUCGGAAGGUGUUGGGGCACAGGAACUACAUUUUAAAAAUGUAAAAAAAGAACUGAAAAAUCUGACUAGGUCGGUUGACCGUCUGGGUGAUCACCAGAAGAAAAACAAUGAAAUUCUCCAAGCUUUUCUUGAGGAGACAAAAAGACAUAAUAUGGCUAUGGAGACAAAUGCUAUUGAAAAAUUAAGGAUGAAACAAGAACUUUUAAGCAUUGAAUUAGGAGAAGUUAACAAGCAAUUGAGACUUAAAAAACGACUGUGA